AUGGGGGCUUUUAGCUCUCGGGAUAACAACGAGCCUUACCGGCCUUGCGUUUACAAGGAAGAUGGCGAGAUUCCAUUUGCACCUGAUGGCAAUGCCCCACUUAUCUGCGACUGCGUCGAGAAAGUCAAAGGAACUUCUGGCCAUUUCAAAGGUCUGAAGUGCGUCCGGAAAACCAUCAUCGUUCCCACCGAAGCGGACCAGGUAUCGCGAGAAGCCAAGAAACGGAAACUGAUACAAGAAGCCAAAAUCCUCCACUUAGCUCGGCAUCAUCAUGUUAUUCAGCUCAUCCAUACGUAUUUUGAGGAUGGAAACGAGGACCAAAUCAAAUUUGCAGUCAUCAUGGAUCGCGCAGACGCAAACCUUCACCACUACCUCAAGCCUGGAAAGAUCCCCAGCAGAAAAUGGUUUAGCUGUUUAAUAGGCGUCAUGCACUAUAUCCAUACUUUGGGUAUUCGACAUCGGGACAUCAAACCAUCGAACAUUUUGAUCAAAGGAGAAAAGGUCCUCCUGGCAGAUUUUGGCAUAUCACAAAUGGGUCUUGGAAAGACAAUGCCAACCACGUACCGGUAUCGUAACGCCCCAAGAACACGGGAGUAUUGCGCUCCCGAAGUGGAAAAAGGUAGCACCCGUGGUCGGUCGGCAGACAUCUUCUCUUUAGGAGCUGUGUUCCUCGAGAUGCUCCUUGCCCAUUCCUACCCCAGUGGGUUUCAGGAACUCGAGAAAGUCUUGAAGCCCCCAUCCCAGCACGUCUCGUCUUACGCCAAUCACAUUGACGAUGUUCAUACAUGGGUGGGGCAGAGUCUUCAUCUUGUCGGCUGGCAGGACGAUAUUCUUUCUACCUGUCGGAGAAUGCUGCACCCUGAUCGACUUCAACGCCCUCGAGCUGAAGAUCUAGAUUCUGAUUUGUCAUCAUUAUCGGCUUCAGAUGAGUCCAUGGCUUGCAAAUGCGCCAGAGACGUGGCUUUGACAGAAAGCAAUAAGUUAGUUGAGGCGUGCAGAAGGGGCUCAGAGGACGAGGUGAAACGCUUGCUAUAUAACGGAGCAGACCCAAACACCAUAGGUGCGAUUCACCAUGCUGCAGAACCACUACAAUGCGCGGCUCGAGACCGUUCCGAGGAUGUGGUUAAAUUGCUACUGGAGAAGGGUGCCGAUGUUAAUGCUAAGGACGAAAAUGAUCAGACGGCACUUCAGGGAGCAGCAGGGCAAGGGUACGAGAAUAUUGUUAAAAUGCUACUAGAGUCAGGAGCCGAUGUCGAUGCAGAGGACCUCGAUGGAAACACAGCGUUACACUUUGCAGAUAGAAGGCAUCAUUCUGUUGUAUUGGACUUAUUGGAAAAUUACGUUAUAACGGAGGUCUAG